AUGGAUACGUUGCACAAGUUGUACGGAAGACCGGAGAUAUUGAUAAACACCCUUUUGAAGAAGGUUAGAAACGUUCCUCCACCAAAACCAGAUAACCUUAAUACGAUUGUCGCUUAUGGUCUGUCGAUACAAAAUCUCGUGGAUCAUAUUAUUCUUGCUGAUCAACAACCGCAUUUAGCAAACCCAAUGUUGUUGCAAGAGUUGAUAGAUAAGUUGCCCACUUCGUUAAAAAUGCAGUGGGGUAGCUUCGAACAACAGUUCGCGAGCGUCAACCUGGCAACGUUCAAUAGCUUCAUGUCAGGAUUAGUGAACCUCGCAUCGGAGCUUAGCAUCGACGUAGAUUCGGCGCAGAAUCAUCCGAAGCCGCACAGAGGAGAGAAGCUGAAGCCUAAGGAGAAACUAUUCACCCACGUGAACGAGUCAUCAAGCGUUACGAAGAAGGAUGAUGGAAUCGGGGAAUCUUCAUCGAGAGCGUGUUCUUAUUGUGAUAAGGAUAGUCAUCAAAUCCUGAACUGUGGCGGUUUCAAGGCAUUGGAUAUAGGUGCACGAUGGAAGGCAGUGAGGCAGAAAAAUCUUUGCCGAUUGUGUUUGGUUCCUCAUCGUAAAUGGCCUUGUCGAUCGAAAAAGGAAUGUGGCGCAGACGGUUGUCGUAUAAGACACCACACGCUUCUACAUAGUAGUCGAAGCGAAAGCGCGGUGUCCACGAAACUCAAUGAAACGGUCCAUCAACAUCACCAUGGAACUAAAUCCUAUUCUCUCUUCCGUUACCUUCCGGUUACCUUAUUCGGAAACGGGAAGAGGAUUAACACCUUUGUAUUCCUGGAUGACGGGUCAUCGUCAACGUUACUCGAAGAAGGAAUUGCAGCCCAACUAGGAAUUGAAGGUGAACAGGACAGUCUUUGGCUAAGUUGGACUAGGAAGAUGGGUCGCCAGGAGAAGAACUCACGGCGGAUUAGUGUGAAAAUUACGGGUGCCGGGAAACAGAAAAAGUAUAUUCUGAAUGACGUGCGAACAGUGCAAAAGCUAGGACUUCCAUCUCAAACACUAAAUUACGAAGAAUUAGCGAAGUCGUUCCCACACCUCCAGGGACUUCCCGUGGUUAGCUACACCAACGCUAAACCUGGCAUGAUCAUUGGUAUUGAACAUGUCAGGAUGCUUACUUGCCAGAAGACACGAGAAGGCGGCAACAGCGACCCAGUAGCCGCCAAAACAAGAUUGGGAUGGUGUGUGUACGGGAAAAAUUCUACCAGUGAAAAUUCAAUGGAGCAGCUUCAUAUCCACGCCGUCGAGAGUAUCAGUAACACCGAGUUACACAAUUCCAUGCGAAAAUUCUUUGCGGUUGAGGAUGCUGUGAUUUCGAAACAGAUAGAAUCUGAGGAUGAUAAGCGAGCACGCGGCAUUUUAGAAGCAACUACUGUGCGCAAGGGGAAUCGUAUGGAGACAGGUUUACUAUGGCGCAAAGACAACGUGUACUUUCCGGACAGUCACCAAAUGGCGUUAAACAGACUGAAAGGAUUAGAGAAAAGGUUGGGGAAAGAUCCAGCACUCCGUAAGAAAGUUAAUGAACUCAUCGAAAGCUUCGAGCAUAAAGAGUACGUUCGUAAAAUCACGCCACAAGAGUUGGAGAGCUCGAACCGUCAUCAAAGAUGGUAUCUACCAAUAGGAGUUGUGACAAAUCCCAAAAAACCGAACAAAAUUCGAAUGGUGUGGGACGCUGCAGCGAAGGUGAACGGAGUUUCCUUCAACGACAUGCUUCUAAAAGGUCCGGAUCUACUCGUACCGCUAGUGGAUGUUCUGAUACGGUUCAGGGAAGGCAAAAUAGCAGUAUGCUCCGACAUUCGUGAAAUGUUUUUACGGAUUUUAAUUCGAGAUGCUGAUAAGAUGUCACAGUGCUUCCUGUGGCGCAAUAGUCCGGAAGAUAAAGUACAGGUAUACGUUAUCAAUGUCGCCAUGUUCGGAGCGACUAGCUCUCCAUGUACAGCGCAAUAUGCGAAGAACAAAAAUGCUCUAGAUUUUGUGGAGCAAUACCCCAGGGCAGUGCAGGCGAUAGUCAAAAACCACUAUGUGGACGACUUCCUUGACAGCGUCAAUUCGGUGGAGGAUGCCGUCCAACUGGUCAAGCAAGUCCAGCAUAUCCAUGCAGCCGCUGGGUUUGAAUUCGGAAAGAUUCUGUCCAACUCUCCCGAGGUACUCGACUGCCUUGGAGAGACCAAUCCUUCAUCCAGUAAGUCGUUAACGGUGGAUAAAGAAGUAGUUCAUGAACGAGUAUUAGGAGUUGUAUGGGUUCCUUCAGCAGAUCACUUCACAUUUGAUCAAGCAGAACCUCAAGCUGACUUCAAGGGAUAUUACGGAGCUCCAACCAAAAGACAAGUCCUCCGAACCAUAAUGAAGUUAUACGAUCCCUUGGGAUUCAUCGCACAUUUCGUUGUGCAUGGAAAGAUCCUCAUGCAGGAAAUUUGGCGAUCGGGGACGAACUGGGACGAGCCCAUUGCAGAACACAUUCAAGAGCUGUGGAAUAGGUGGAUACAACUGUACGAGUGUAUUGGCGAAGUUCAAGUUCCUCGCAGUUUUUUCGGCGAUUUUCAACCACAGAAAGUAGAUGAAAUUGAAAUCCAUGUCUUCACGGAUGCAAGCGUAGCGGCCUGUGCAUGCGUGGUCUAUUUGCGGAUGUCCCACCAAGGGAAGGGCUGGUGUUCACUCGUUGCUGCAAAAACAAAGGUAGCACCACUUCGGACUCUUUCAAUCCCUCGUUUGGAACUCCAGGCAGCCAUGAUGGGAUCUCGUCUGCUGCAAAGCAUCUGUGCAGCAUGUACUGUCAACAUCAAGCAGCGGUUCUUGUGGACCGACUCAGCGACAGUUUUGGCGUGGCUUCGGUCCGACAGCCGACGGUAUCACCAAUUUGUCUCGUUUCGCGUUGGCGAAAUUCUGUCGCUUACUAGCGUAACGGAGUGGCACUAUGUACCAUCGAAACUGAACGUAGCUGACGACGCCACCAAGUGGAAUUCGGGUCCGUCUUUCGAUCCGAAUAGUAGAUGGUUCCAAGGACCAUUGUUUUUAAGAAAGCCACAGGAGGAUUGGCCGAAGGAAUUGGUAGAUAAAUGUAGGGAAGUCGAAGCCGCGAGCGAAGAAGUUAAUUUCGUAGCAGUACAUCGAGUAAUAGAGGAAGUAAUCGACGUGGAACGUUUUUCAAGUUGGCACCGUAUGCUUCGAACGGUGGUCUACGUGCACCGAGCAGUGGACAUCUGGAAACACAUCCGGGAGAAGAACAAACGCGGUUCCGAAAUAAACCGGAAUGAAUUUGUGAGGGCCGAAAUAGCAUUGUGGCGGCAAGCACAGUGGAAAGAGUACGAGGAGGAGAUCAACGAGCUUAAAAAGGGUUGCAGUGUUCCAAAAAGAAGUUCGCUGUAUUUCUUGUCGCCAGUCCUAGAUGAACAAGGAGUGAUUCGAAUGGAGAGUAGGAUUGGCGCAGCACCAUACGUCUCUUUUGCAGCAAAGUAUCCAGUAAUACUUCCCAGAGAAAGCCGUAUAACAUAUCUUCUUGUACAGUCCUUUCAUCGUCGGUUCCUACACGCAAAUAGCGAAACAGUUUGCAACGAACUACGUCAACAGUUUUACAUACCUAAGCUUCGAGUUUUGAUACGAAAAGUUAGCCGAGAAUGUCAGCAUUGCAAAAUUAAGAAUGCCAAUCCGGCACCACCGCGUAUGGGAGAGUUACCUAGAGAGCGCCUAACACCGUUCAUAAGACCAUUUUCCUUCGUGGGCGUUGACUACAUGGGACCCUUUCUGGUCAAGGUUGGGCGCAGCAGUGUGAAGCGGUGGAUUUGCCUCUUUACCUGCCUCACCAUCCGCGCAAUCCAUCUGGAGUUAGUACAUAGCCUAACAUCGACCUCCUGCGUAAUGGCUUUCCGCAGGUUUGUGGCUCGACGAGGAGCGCCGAUGGAGAUUUUUUCCGACAAUGGCACCAAUUUUGUGGGAGCUAAUCGCCAGUUAUCUGAGGAAAAGCAGAAUAUAAGGAAAAUUAACGAGACCUGCGCAUCUACGUUUACCAAUGCACUUACCCAGUGGCACUUCAACGUUCCGGCCGCCCCCCACAUGGGAGGUCCAUGGGAACGCAUGGUGCGUUCCGUCAAGGUGGCUAUGCAGGCCAUAUCAAACAGUCCACGUCACCCCAGCGAUGAAGUUAUGGAGACAAUUAUGUUGGAGGCAAAAGGAAUCGUUAAUUCACGUCCACUAACUUACAUUCCAUUAGAGGGUGAGAACAAAAGAGUCACAUACAACCAACCAUUUUCUGCUGUACGGAUCAACGGGUAUCAAACAGUCAGCGGUGAAUCCUCUUAA